AUGAGAGGGCUCAGUGUUCUUAUUCUAGCUACAAUAGGUUUUUCACCUCCUUCUACAGCCAAGCACGUAUUCUACAAUGCAGGCAAUCUUGAAGGCUGGGACUAUAUUCUCAAGGAAAACAAGGGAACUGUCCAGGUUGACAAAGAUGUCGCAAACAACGGCAACACCUCGAUCAAAAUUACCCAGACUUAUACCCCCGGUUACCAAGGCCGCUAUCACUCCGAGGUCCACCACAAUAACCGGGGAUACAAACGCAACGACGAAUUCUUCUACGGCUUCUCAUUUCGACUGAUGGAGGACUGGGAUUUUCAAAACCAGUCUUACAAUCUAGCACAAUUUAUCGCCAAUCGCGAAGGGGCUGGUUGCGGCAACGAUGACUGGAAGCCAUCGUCGCUAUUCUGGCUUGAACAAGAUCAGCUAGCAUCACGACUCGUAUCUGGUCCCUUCUGGCAACCCAACUGUACUCGGCAAAUUGACGAAUUUCGAGGACUUGCCAAGAUCACCGCUGGUGAAUGGCACCGAGUGGUGAUCCACGCCUCAUGGAGGAAUGACACGUCCGGGUUCUAUAGAAUGUGGGUAGAUGGUACACAGGUCCUGCAUCAGAAAAAUCGAAAGACGACAUUGGACGAUAACAGCACAUAUCAGUUCCAUGUCGGCCUGUAUGCGAAUGGAUGGCAUGAUGACGGAGGCAUAUUGGGAAACCAAGCUUAUCGUGAAGUUUGGUAUGACGAUAUUGUCAUUGGAACGGAAUUCAGGGAUAUUCAUGUUGACAAGAUUGGAAUUAUUCAUGAACUCGAAGGGAAACAGUAA